AUGGGGAAAUACUUCAGGGCUUUGGAGAGUCAGGGCCGCGAGUGCCAGGGCCGCGAGUGCCAGGGCCGCGAGUGCCAGGGCCGCGAGUGCCAGAGCCGCGAGUGCCAGGGUUGGGAGUGCCAGGGCAGCGAGUGCCAGGGCCGCGAGUGCCAGGGCCGCGAGUGCCAGGGUUGGGAGUGCCAGGGCAGCGAGUGCCAGGGUUGGGAGUGCCAGGGCCGCGAGUGUCAGGGCCGCGAGUGCCAGGGUUGGGAGUGCCAGGGCAGCGAGUGCCAGGGUUGGGAGUGCCAGGGCCGCGAGUGUCAGGGCCGCGAGUGCCAGGGUUGGGAGUGCCAGGGCAGCGAGUGCCAGGGUUGGGAGUGCCAGGGCAGCGAGUGCCAGGGUUGGGAGUGCCAGAGCCGCGAGUGCCAGGGUUGGGAGUGCCAGGGCAGCGAGUGCCAGGGUUGGGAGUGCCAGGGCAGCGAGUGUCAGGGCCGCGAGUGCCAGGGCUCCACUUUGGUGGAUCUCGCUGAAGUCAGUCGUAAAUCUCCAUUUUAA